UACACGUGGUGUAUUAAAUCACGGUAAAUGAUUGAAAUUAACAAUAUAGAAAACGAAUAUUUUUCCCGCAAUCAGGUGACGUAAAUUCGAGAUCAGGAGUUUCAUUGGGUUGUCAUAAUGGAGGAGGGAAGUAAUAUCGACCUAAGCUUUGUUCAGAGACAAUUUCUCGCCUGUACGCCAAUAAACAAACUGAGAUGGAACAAUUUUAGCAACGAUACAACUACAGAGAUAAUCGCAGCAAUGAAUCCAGAAAUGCAAAAAAAGAUUUUACAAAAAACUGUGAAUACCGAACUUGUAAAGAAAUAUCCGAUAAAACGAUCUUACCAAAAAGCAUUUUUGAAACAGCUGAUUAACGAGCUGGAAAAACAUUGUCACGAAGUCCACGAUGAAGUGUAUAGUACUUAUUGUGCUUUGGUGUCUUCUGACGACGGAGAGAGUUCGACCCAGUAUAGACACUUUUUAUAUGAUGAGAAUUCCACUUGCACGAAUGCUAUUACUUUGCAGGAAAGUGUGAGCAUUGUUUCGUUAGGCACGACUGGGCUGUGCACUUGGCAGGCUGGUUUAGGUUUAGCAGAGUGGUGCAUGGAGAACAAGGAAAUUCUGAGGGGAAGGACGAUACUGGAACUUGGUUGUGGAGUCGGUCUAACUGGUCUUGCAAUUAUUCGUUCCUGUGCACCAAAAGAAUACAUAUUCUCAGACUAUCAUCCUGCCGUUCUUACAAUGCUAUGCAGUAACAUACUCAUUAAUUUCCCAACGGCUAACGAUUCCCUAUCAAAUUGUCACAAAGACGAAAGUAACAUUAAUCUAAAAAUGCAUUGCAAUGGAGUAAACAUUGACGUUAGAUGUUUACCAUGGGAAAAAAUUAACGAUGGCUCAAAUAGGACUGCAUGCACUCCUGUCGGCGCUGAAAUAAUUCUUGCUGCCGAUGUCUUGUACGAUGAUAGCUGUUUUCAUAGCCUUGCUUCAGCAUUAAAACACCUACUGGGAAUAAAUGGUACCUACGCAGUAGUCGCUGCUACAAUUCGAAAUGCAGACACCAUAUCAAAAUUUACAGAGAUAUUGGAGGCCUAUGAUUUGGUUUAUCACGAAAUGAAGCUUCCAGAACGAAAACACUUUAUUCGGACGGAUGACACGCCUAUUCGAUUGAUGAAAAUAGUAAAAUCUUCAUUUACCGCUAAUGACGAUAAUGUUAAGCUGUAA